AUGGCAGCUGAAGUUGUUGGUGAAUUUGAAGAUCCAGAAGAUGGCUACGCUGAUGACGAUCUAUUAACACCAGAUGAUUUGAAUCUAGGAAUCACCCCGUCAAGAUCAUUCCUAGAAACCGCAGACUUCGAGACCGAGUUAGGCGAAGUCGACGUGGAAGUUGAGCGAUUCGAGGAGGAUAUUUAUGCGGAUAUUGCAGCGCAUGAAAUAGUUCAAGUUAUUGCGGAUGGAGAUCGAGUUGGAAGACCAAUUGUUGUUAUUUAUGCGUAUCGAUUGCCUUCGAGUAAAGAAAUUGAUCAUGCUAGAUUAUUAGCAUAUUUGACAAGGGUUAUUGAUAAGGUAGGCAGAGAACAUUAAUCUUUAAUGGCCGGAGAUUGGGAAAAAACAUAAAAAAUGGUUCAAAUUUCACCUAAACUCCCUAAGGUUCCUAAGGUCCUUAAGGUCUUUAAAAAUUCCCUUUAAUAUCCUUAUUUACCUUAAAAUUCACUUACUUCACAACAAAAUUGAAGUUGAACAUAAUAAAUUUCAGAAAAAAAUAUGUGGCCGAACUAUUCCGGUGGCCGAGAAAUGUCGGGAAUUCGGCCAACAAUGAGAAUUUUUGCAACAUUAGAGCGAGUUUGUUGCUUUGGCCGAAUUCCCGACAUUUCUCGGCCACCAAAAUAGUUCGGCCACAUUUCUGAAAUGCAUGUUUUUUUUGCCACGUGAAUUUAAUUUUGGAGAGAAAAUUCAAAAUUUAGAAAUUCGGGCCAAAAAUCCACGUGGAAUAAAAAUUUCCAAAAAAAAAAAUUCACUGUUUCAAAAUUUUGCAUAUUUUUCAGUUCGAAAUCUGUAUUUUCGUUGACAAGUAAAAAUUCUCAAUAAAGUAAAAAAUAAAAUUCAAUUAAUUUUUGGCGCGAAAAUUCAGAAUUUUGAAAAUUCUUUUCUAAAUUCGGGCCAAAAAUCCACGUGGAUUCAUUUCCUUCCAAAAAAAAAUUCACUGUUUCAAAAUUUUCAUUUUUUUCGGUUCAAAAUCUGAAUUUUCAUUGACAAAUACAGAGAAGUUUUGAUAAAUAAUUCAAUCAAUUUUUGGCGCGAAAAUUCAGAAUUUUAAAAAUUCUAUACUAAAUUCGAGCCAAAAAUCCACGUGGAUUCAUUUUUUGAAUGAAAAAAUUUGAGAAAUUUCCAAAAAAAAAAUUCACUGUUUCAAAAUUUUUAUAUUUUUUUUUGCAGAUCGUUGACCAAGACUACACAAUAAUCUACUUCCACUACGGACUUCGCUCCCACAACAAACCUCCAGUCCGCUUCCUCUUCCAAGCCUACAAAGCCCUCGAUAGGCGCUUCAAAAAGAACCUAAAGGCCCUUUACGUGGUCCAUCCAACUCGAUUUAUCCGGAUAAUAUUUGGGCUUUUCAAGGGCUUCAUCUCAAAUAAAUUCGAAAAUAAAUUCCAUUAUGUGAUGUGUAUCGAUGAUUUGGAAAGAAGUUUGGAAAUCGAAGUGACAAAUCGGCUGAAUUUGGCGCAGCCGAUCAAGGAGCAUGAUAAGAGUUUUGUUUCGAGUGCUGCUCCUGGCGAGCUGCAAAUUUCAAGCAGCGAACCGCUUCCCACUCAGCAAUUCGGCGUUUCGCUGGAAUUCAUUUUAUCACAUCAUAGCGAUUCGCGGAUUCCGCCGAUCGUCGAUCAAUUGAUUGAGUUUUUGGAGAAAUAUGCGUUGGAUAUGGAGGGGGUUUUUAGGAAGAGUGCAAAUGUUGGGAGUAUUAAGAGAUUGCAGGAGAGGAUUAAUAAAGGUGGGUGUUAUUCUUUUUGGGUGGGAAACAUUUUGAAAAUUCAAAAGUUUAUUGAUUUUUUGCCACGUGGAUUUUUUAGCGCGAAAAUUUGAAAUCUGAAAAUUAUUUUGAAUUGAAAAAAUAAUCCACGUGGAUUUCAGUAAUUUUCAAAAAAAAAUUAACUUGAAAAUCCACAAUUUCCGAAAAAAUUCACUGUUUCAAAAUUUUGAUAUUUUUCAGCCAAAAAAUCCACGUGGAUUCGUUUUCUAAAAAAUAUUCGAAAAAUUUCCAAAAAAAAAAUUCACUGUUUCAAAGUUUUCAUAUUUUUCGGUUCAAAAUCUGGAUUUUCAAUGACAAUUUCAUUAUAUUUUAAUUAACUUUUCACGCAAAAAUUCAGAAUUUCAAAAAAUUAAAAUCUAAAUUCCCGCCAAAAAUCCACGUGGAUUAAUUUUUUGAAUAAAAAAUUUCCAAAAAAAAAUUCACUGUUUCAAAAUUUUCAUAUUUUUUAGUUCAAAAUCUGAAUUUUCAAUGACAUCUUCAUUGAAUGUUAAUUAAUUUUUCACGCGAAAAUUCAGAAUUUCAAAAAUUCAAAUCUAAAUUCCCGCCAAAAAUCCACGUGGAUUCAUUUUUUGAGAAAAAGGUUCGAAAAAUUUCCGAAAAAAAUUAACAGUUUCAAAAUUUUGAUAUUUUUCAGUUCGAAAUCUGGAUUUUCGUUGACAUGUUGAAAUGUUCAAUAACGAAAAAUCAUUAAUUCAAUUUUCUAAAUUUUCGGCCCCAAAAAAUCCACGUGGCACCAACAGAAAUUCAUAGGAUUUUCUACAGGUCAAAAAUUUUCAAAUGAAAAAUUCACUGUUUCAAAAUUUUUAUAUUCAAAUAUAUUUUUUUCCAAAAAAAACCCUACAGUACUCUCUCAUUUCCAGGCGAGACCAUCGACUUCGAAAACGACCCGGAAUACCGUGAAAACAACUAUAUCGCAUGUCUCCACGCCUCAGUUUUGCUCAAAACAUUUUUCCGAUCACUCGGCGAGCCGCUAAUAACAAAUGCGCUCUAUCCGAAAUUGGCACAAUUGGCGGAUGUUCCGAAAAAUGAGAAAAGUGCAGCGGUUCGAGAUUUUGUCAAAUUAUUGCCCAAGCCCAAUUAUUUGCUGCUCAAAACUAUUGUGCAAUUUUUGACCAAGGUAAUGUUUGAUUUUUUGUUUCUGGCGUCAGAAUUUUGAAAUUUUCCCUUGGAUUUUUGAAAAUGGGGUAUCACUUCGAAAUUUUCGAAAGAAAAAUAUGAAAAUUUUGAAACAGUGAUUUUUUUUUGGAAAUUUUUUAAUUUUGAAAAAAAAAAUUUUUUUCAAAUUUUUAACAAAUAAUGCCACGUGGAUUUUGAACCGAAAAAUAUGAAAGUUUUGAAACAGCAAAUUUUUUUGGAAAUUUUUUAUUCAAAAAAUGAAUCCACGUGGAUUUUUUUUAAUUCUGAACUUCAAAAUUUUCGAAAAAAAAUGCCACGAGGAUUUUUUUUUCACUGGAUUGUUCAAAAAUAUUUUCAAAAGAAAAAUAUGAAAAUUUUGAAACAGUGAAUUUUUUUUCGGAAAUUUUUUAUUUAGAAAAUGAAUCCACGUGGAUUUAGCAAUUUUUUUCAUUUGAAAUUCAAAAUUUUCGAAAAAAAAAUGCCACGUGGAUUUUUUAGCGUCAAAAAUUUGGAAUUUGAUAUUUUCACUUGAAUUUAAACGAAUCAAACUAUCACGUCGAAAUUUUCGAAAAAAAAAUGAAAAUUUUGAAACAGUGCAUUUUUUCGGAAAUUUUUUUCCAAAAAAUGAAUCCACGUGGAUUUUCGCAAUUUUUCAAUUCUGAACUUCAACAUUUUCGAAAAAAUGCCGCGUGGAUUUUUUAGCGUCGAAAAUUUGAAGUUCGAAAUUUUUACUUGGAUUGUUCAAAAAUAUUUUCAAAAGAAAAAUAUGAAAAUUUUGAAACAGUGCAUUUUUUCGGAAAUUUUUUUUCCAAAAAAUGAAUCCACGUGGAUUUUCGCAAUUUUUCAAUUCUGAACUUCAACAUUUUCGAAAAAAUGCCACGUGGAUUUUUUAGCGUCGAAAAUUUGAAGUUCGAAAUUUUUAAUUGGAUUGUUCAAAAAUAUUUUCAAAAGAAAAAUAUGAAAAUUUUGAAACAGUGCAUUUUUUCGGAAAUUUUUUUUCCAAAAAAUGAAUCCACGUGGAUUUUUGCAAUUUUUCAAUUCUGAACUUCAAAAUUAAAAAAAAUGCCACGUGAAUUUUCAGCGUUUAAAAUUCGAAAUUUCAAAAUUUCACUUGGAUUUUAUAAAAUGGGAUUAUCACUUCGAAAUUUUCGAAAGAAAAAAUAUGAAAAUUUUGAAACAGUGAAUUUUUUUGGAAAUUUUUUAUUCAGAAAAAGGAAUCCACGUGGAUUUUUGGGGCGAAUUUUCAAUUUUCGAAUUUUCGCGCCAAAAAUUGAUUGAAUCAUUGAAAAUCCAGAGUUUGAACCGAAAAAUAUGAAAAUUUUGAAACAGAGCAUUUUUUUUCGGAAAUUUUCUGACAAUCUUGCGCAAGUGCGCUCCGUUGAUAAUCAAAUUAUUUUUUUUUUAAUUAAAAUUAAAAUUUUUUUUCUUGAUUGUUUUUUUUUGCAGUUUUCCUACUGUAGUCUCAUACUUUUGCAGGUCGCCGAACACUCAAAAACCAAUCUAAUGACAGCCAACAAUUUAUCAGUGGUAUUCGGCCCGAAUCUAACAUGGCCCACAAAUCAACAGGUUCCAAUAUCGCAACUCAAUAAUCUCAACAAUUUCUGCUAUCGAUUGAUUGUCGAUUUUGCUCUGAUUUUUGGUGGUCAAAACGGGGAUAAUUAA